AUGGCCGGCCAAUAUUCAUGUUCCUUCGCCCGGCGGCUCUGCCUGAGCAUUGCGCUGCUGGCCGUGCAGCUGCUCUGUGUCCUUUCUAAGCCGACAACCCGGGAUGCGUCUUCGUCUUCUAUAUUGGCAGAGUCGAGUCGCAUUGUGCCGGAUUACGUGACUCAAUACGCGCCGCUUGUCUGGCUACACUCGGACGAUCCAUUUCGACCGGCUGACUUGCUCCAACACAUCCGCCACACAACCCCCGCCACCAACCAGAGCUCCAUCCCCAACCUUCCAAAGCUCGACCUCGAUAACCUCGCCCUUCUCAACGACGUCGACACAAAAGGUGGAAGAAUCGCCCUGACCUCGAACGACGACAUUACCGGGUUGCCCGCAUGGCUGUACGGAUCGCUUCCAGACGAGUCGGGCAGGAUUGCAAACGCCACGCCAUGUGUUGUGAUACUCGUUGAGAAGAGCGCUCGAGACGUCGACGCCUUCUUCUUCUACUUUUACUCGUAUGACCGCGGCGAUACUAAGCACGGAAUGCACUUUGGAGACCAUGUUGGAGACUGGGAACACAACAUGGUCCGGUUUCGGGAUGGGAAGCCCACGGGCAUCUACUAUAGCCAGCAUGUGAGCGGCUCUGCGUACAACUGGAAUGACAAGGCUCUUUCGAUGAAGGGUGGGCGGCCUUUUGUCUUCAGCGCAUACGGAUCGCACGCAAAUUAUGCCUCAACUGGCAACCACGUUCAUGAUGCAGCAUUGGUGGAUUUUUGUGAUGCUGGUCGGCUCUGGGAUCCCGUCCUUUCGGCGUAUUUCUAUCAUCUCGACCCUGCCAGCUUCAAGCUGACGCGCCUCUUUCUUUCUGGUGCCAAUUCCUCCGCCGCGUCGAAUUUCACAUCCUUCUUCUACUUUACGGGAAUCUGGGGCGAUGAGCAGUAUCCGGAUAACGACAUUCGACAAAAGACAGUCCCCCACUUUGGGUUGAAACGAUUCGUCUCGGGGCCGCAGGGUCCAAUCGUGAAGAAUCUCGUGCGAAAGGGCCUGCAUCCCGACCAGCGCGAGAAGAAGCCGUGGAUGCAGUGGGCGGUUGGCAUCUUCAUGUUCUGGUACCCAUGCUGCAUACGCGGAUGGAGGCUCUGGGUAUCGUUGAGUGUGGUCGUUGGCUUCAUAAUUCUGACGGCGUUUGGGAUCAGGUACGGAAUAAAGAAAUACAGGAGGACCAAGGGAUACAAAAAACUAGAGACGACGGAUAUUCCGCUCAACGACAUGAGCUACAGAGAAGAGAGUUCUGGCCUACAUCGCGAUCAGGACGACUUUGAGGCGAGAGACGAGAGAUGA